UCACAAGAAUAGAAAAGCUGACAUAUCGUUUGCCUUUUGACAUCCAACCACACCACAUAAAAUAUCAAAAGACUCUGCAAUGGCGACAGGAGGAAAAGUAGAUGUGUUUGAACACAUAUUCAGAACAGAACUCGACCACAGAGGGAGUUGGAAAAAUGCUACAAGAACGAUUUUAAUCUACACUGUAAACAAAAGCAGUUGGACAAAAAUACAAAACGUGUAUUUGAAACAUGCAGAGGAAACAUUGAUUAAGCAGCUGGAAAAAGAAUAUUUAAUGAAGAUAGAGAAAAUACGAAUAAAUGUGGACGUUUACAUCAAUAAUAGCCCGUGUGCAGAAUGUGCCGAUAGACUUCACGCUUUUCUUGAAAAUUAUCCGGAGGUUCAGAUGUAUAUUUACUUCGCUAACCUUUACAACAUUCGGCGAAAUUCCUGCAUCAAAAACAUGACAACAAAAGACGAAGAACAUGUAUGGCGUGUAUCAAACUUUAAAAGCAUAAAAAAUUCUAUGGGUUUAGUGAUGCUGUUGGAUCAUAAUCGCUGCACAUUGCAACCUUUUAACAAACAGACAUGGGUCAAUUUGCUUGAUUUAUUAAAAGAUAAUCGCAUAGACUUUAAUCAGAUGUACCAGGAAAUAUGCGGAGAUAGAAGUCGAGAAGAAGAAGACGCCUAUCUAAGAGAAGACCUGGAAAUCAUUAAAAAAGAAGGGAUUGCUAUGAAAAUCGGCAUGUAUAUGAUGGUUUAUGCAUUAUUAUUCCAAACGUUUUUAUGAGUAGGACUGAAGACCGGCUU